GCGUUGACAUGCCUAUUCCGUGAAGUAUUGGCUGAAAAGAGCCGCGGAGCGAGAUUCAUGAGGAGGAACAACAUGGCGGAGAAGCAGAAAAGGAUAGAGAAGACGCGAGAAGGAGUUCCCAUUUGGGAUGGAGAUGCCGGAACAUAUCAGGAGUUUGAAGAGAGCGCUUUGCUGUGGGAGCAAUCCAUUGCAAUGCACAAGCGCUACUUGUGCGGCCCGAGGCUUCUCACAGAGCUGACGGGCACUGCUCGCAGGUUCACUGUGGGCAAGCAUCCCGAAUGGCUCUCCUUCAAUGGAGGCGUGCAGCGGCUUCUGACGUACCUGAGGUCAAACUUGGGCCUUCCACAGAUGCCUGAACUGACGGAUCAUUUGAGCCGUUACUUCCGGCAGUCCAGGCGCAAGAAGGGGGAGACCAUGAAUGAGUACGUCACUAGAAAGUCAGAACUGUAUGCAAGAGCUAGGCAAGGACUUCACAGGGUGAUGUCUCACUAUGAGAAAAAGAAGCCAGCGUGGGAGAAGAGCUACGGCGGCUAUAGCCGUCCGGGGUCCACCGACCCUUGGGCCAACUACAGGAGGACACCCUCCCUGGCUGGCAGUCAGAACCUGAGUGCUGAGGAGAUUCAGGAUGAUCGGGAAGCGCUUGCUCGACCUGAUGAUCAAGCUGAGGCCACCGAGGAUGCAACUGAGGAGCGAAGCUCCACUGGUCCAGGUCCUUCAGGAGACUCCUGGAGUUAUCCGGACUGGUGGUCAAAUGACUGGUGGAGUACCUCUUGGACACCUUCCGAGAAUGCCGACUGGAAUGUGGAAGCCCCUGAACUACUACCAGAGUAUGUCCAGGGCUGGUACCUCUUGUUUGAUUCUGGCCUGGACACCAACGAGCGCAACAUGGUCGUGGCAGCCCUGAAGGGCGACUUCACUAUGACCCGAGUGGCACAGGAGCUACGCAGCCAGUGGACUGAUGAGGACUUGCGACGUCGAGAUGCAGCCAAUCGUCACUCCAGCUGGUGGGUGGAUGAGAAUGAAGAGGCCGAGUCUGAGGACUAUGACACUGCCUGGGUUGCCCAGGCUCACCGCAACUUCAAUGACGAGGGCCUCGCACUCCUGGGUGAAGCUGAAGAUGUGGCUCAAGAAGCCCUAGCCAUGAUGGAGCGCGGGCGUCGCACCUUGAAAGAGGCCAGACAGAAACAACAUCAGGUGAGGAUGUCCCGGAAGUAUUACCGCACCAACUUCAAGCCCUUUGGAAGCACUUCGGCUGUAGCUUCUGGUACAGAUCAAAAGUGCUUCCGAUGUGGUGGUCCUCACAAGACUUCAUCAUGUCCAAAGGCAAUGGCAACAACGACAGCCUCUUCAGCCGAAGAGCAGGCUGCACCUUUCAUCUGUUUUGCACAAGACCAGAUCACCAAGGACCAUGAGAUUGUGGAGCCCUAUGUCCCGGACGACCACGAGGUGAACUACCUGGAUGCUGGGUUCUCCGAUGCUUGCCCAGAGGCCUUCUUUGAUGUUGCCGACACCAGCAGCAUAGGGCCUAUCUCCACUCAGAUGGCCGUCGAGCAAGGCAAGGCUGUCGUUGAUGGAGGGGCUACAAAGACCCUUGGCAGCGUGGUGGCCCUCGAGAAGAUCAUUGCCCUCAACAAGUACAAGCAUGGGACUUCUCGCCUGGCCGUUCAAGCCGAUGGCAAACCUGGACAAGUACAAGUACAUGCGUUGGAUGCGGGAGCAGGACCUGUGCUGUUCUCCAUUGAGUCCUUACGGACCUUGGGAGCAAUCAUCGACUUCUCCGAGGAUUGGUACAGUGAUGCUCAGAGCACUGCACAGCCAGUGCCAGACAUGCCUCGUGCCACCAGAAAAGAACUGGUGGAAGAGCUCCUGAUGACCUUUGGCGAAACAGCUCCAAAACAGUGGAGCAUCAUGGAGAUCGAGAGCCGCCUUUUGGAACUCAAGGAAGCCAACGGGAUGAUCACUCAAAAAGGGAAGGUACGGCCACCGAUGCGCCAUGCCAUGAUCGAGCUGAACAAGGCCAGCAAGAAGAAGUCCGACCUUGUGGACUACGUGAACAACAAGCUCAUGGUGAAGACCCGCGGCACCGAGACCAUUCAGGAGCUGCAGCGCUUGGGCACCAAGAAGAUCUACCAGACCACAGCCGCCUCUCCGGAGGAUCCUGUGGGGUUCGGGGAACACUGCAGUCUGCAGUACCACGAGCUUCUAGCCCAACACCCACAGUAUGCCAGUUGGGUCGUGAAGACCGCCACCGAGGGGGAAUGCGACUACCGCCUGGCCCGUCUGGCCAAUUGGCUCCAGAGCCCAGAGGCACAGCAUCCGAUGCCGACCUACAAGCAGACCUCCAGCGGCUACAAGAACACAUCGACGCCGGCCAGCGGCUCGAAUGGCAAGACCGAGAACAUGAUGAUGCAGAUGAUGCACGCCCUCAAGGAGGACGUGGGCAAUCUGAAAGCCGAGAGGCCUCAUAAGAAGGCCCUGCUAUCACACCAGCGCAUAGAGCUGCUGGAAGUGGCAUGUUCGGCCGACAGCGUGCUGUCUCGCACCAUGCAACAAAAGAAAGGUGACGAGGGUGCGGCCCGGGAGUGUCAGAGGAUGAGCUCAGGGAAGCCGAACGUUUUGAGUGUUCAGUUUGUAAGGAGUCAUGUGGUUCAAGAAUACUGUGAUAGGCACCAAAUAAUGUUGGACAUUAUUCCGGGUGAAGCUCACUGGAAGGUGGGCAUUUGUGAACAGGCUAUUCAGGGUACCAAGACUCUCAUGAACAAAAUAGCUGAAGAUGACCCAGAAGUCACCGCAGCAGAAGCUCUGGCUGAAGCCACUAGGACCUUUAAUAGCCGAGAACUGAUCCGAGGCUAUUCGCCCAUCCAACAUGCCCUUGGCCGCGCGCCUGAUGCCACCGGGCGACUUUUCCCUUGCGGCCCAAGUGAAUGUCCAGAGCUGCUGGUAGAGAACGCCUCUGGUGAGAUGGAUCGCCAGCUCCAGCGAAUGCAAAGUGCGGAAAAGGCCUUCCUUGAAUGGACGGCAAGCCAGAGACUCCAAAAAGCCAAGAACUCAAAACCCAGAGAUAUCACCAACUAUGAGCCAGGAGACCUAGUGUAUGAGUGGAGAAAGCAAGUGAGCGGCCAAUCAGCCAUUAAGGGUGGCUCGUUUGUGGGGCCAGCCCGCAUCCUGGCGGUGGAGCAACAUCGCUCUCCCGACGGGACCCACAAGCAGGGCAGCUCAAUUUGGUGCGUCAGAGGGAGAAGACUUCUCAAGUGCUCCCCAGAGCAACUACGUCGAGCCUCCGAGCGGGAGGUCCUCUUAGAAGAACUACAUGCCAAACAGUACGAUGACUGGGACUUUGAUAGAGCCAACAGGGCGAUCCAGGAGUCCAACUUCCAGGCCUACGCCUUCUACAUCCUCAGGAGCACCCGUGUCACAGAGGAAGUGUUUGCAGUCACCGAGAGCACCUUCUGGAUGGAUGAGGCCGUGGCCGUGGAGGUUCCCAUGCCAGACAUACAUGCUGGAUCUGAACGAGCUCUUCGAGAUCUCCCUUCUUAUUUUGCCAGUAGCUUGAAGAAACGGUCAGCAGUUGAAGUCUGUGAGCGUUACCUAUCUGAGGAAGAGCGACAACAGUUCCGAUCUGCAAAGGCCGUUGAAGUGAGUAACUUUAUAGCUGCCAAGGCUUUUGAAGCCCUUCCAGAGAAACUUCGCCCAGCACGCGAACAAGCAGUGAAGAUGCGUUGGCAACUGCAGAUGCAAUUAGCCGCUUCAUAUCGCCACAAGAUGCGAAAAGGUGAUGUGAUAGGUGCUUUCCUGCAAAGCAGGAAGAAAGACCGAAAUGCACCCACUGAGGAGUCUGAGAAAACACAGCUUCGGGCCUUGCUGGGAGGGGUCUCAUGGCACGCACAACAAGUUACGCCCCACGUCAGUGCUGAAGUCGGCUUGCUCUUGUCAGAGGUGAACAAGAGUACUUUAGAGACCAUUUACAAGGCUAACAGGAAUGUGUACGACAAGUUAGAGACCGAGGUCUUGUCCGUGAAGGGCGCUGAGAAGAGAACAGACCUGGAGUUACUCUCCUUGAAAUCUGCCCAGAUUCGCAAUGCUGUGGAGAUUAGAUGGAUUCAUAGUGAAGCUCAGCUAUCAAACGGGCUGACCAAGAGCAACGAGCACAAGCAACCGCACCUGUUCUACCGCAUGGGCCACAAGUGGCGCAUAGUCGAAGAUGAAGAAAGA